GUUGAAGCUAAACUCUGCAAAGCUAUGGCACUUUGAGUUGAGUAUUUAUUAUUAAGUUUUUUUUUUUUUUGCUAACCACCAAUAAAUAGAAGAAGGAACCCCUUCUCCUAAUCGAAUAGCUUUUCUGUCAUAUAAGAUCUACUUAACAUUACCUGAAGCAUGAUGUUGAUGCCAGUGGUUUCAUUUUUCUGUUUUUUUUUUUUGUCUCUAUGGGCUACUGAAGUGGGCCUCAGUGGUAAAGUGCUUCUGUUUCCAACCAAGUCUAACACCAGUUAUGUUAAACUCACUCCUGAAAAGCCACUGAGGCUUUCAGCGUUUACUCUCUGCAUGCGUGUCGCGACGGAGCUCCGGGGCGAGAGGGAGAUCAUUCUGUUCGCCUACCGUACACCUGAGGUUGAUGAACUCAACGUGUGGAGACGUAAAGAUGGUUGUGUGUCCUUGAUUAUUCAGUUUAAUGGCGACGAAGCAUUUUUCCGUCUGCCUCCUCUCUCCACCUUCCAGACUCAUCUGUGUGUCACCUGGAACUCUGCGACUGGUCUCACUGCCUUCUGGGUGGAUGGACGUCGCAGUUUGUUCCAGAUCUAUAGAAAAGGUCACUCAAUUCGUCCUGGUGGCACCGUACUGCUCGGCCAGGACCCUGAUAGAUAUCUGGGUGCCUUUAACGCAGAGCAGAGCUUUGUGGGAGAAGUUACAGAUGUGAAAAUGUGGGCUCAUGUUCUCUCUGGCAGUCAGAUUAAGGCGGUUUAUUCAAACCAGGAACCGCAUGUGCCGAAGGGAAACGUGUUUGACUGGAACACCAUCAAAUAUGACAUUACUGGAAAUGUGCUAGUGGUGCAAGAUAACUGAUUCUGAUCCAGUGUAACAUCUCAUGGUCUCAUCCACAGUUGUCAAUUUCUAUAAUCUGUUCUGUUUAUCUGUUUUAAUAUUUACAAAGCUGUAAGGGCUAACAAGUAGGUUAAUAGUUCACAAAAGUAACCAGUAAAAGAUCUCUGCAUUACAA